UUUCUGGCGUGAGCGUGGGAGCAGGGAGUUGGCGCAGGCGCGCAGAGGAAAGGACAGCUUCUUCCCUGCACCUUGGCGGUUCUGCCUUUCCCACCCUCCUGGGGAGGGAGCCACCGAGGCUGGAUCCUGAGUCCGCUGCGGGGGCGGGGAAGCUUUCCUCCUCUUCUGGGUAUCUCCCCAUCCUUUAAAGACAAACCCAAAUGUCGGUUCCUCCAUGAUGCCCUCCCCUAUUCCCCUCCAGCCAGAAGCCCCCUUUUGCCCCUCCCUCGUAACAUGGAUCAUUUAAUUUUGUGCAUUAAAAUGACAUGCAUUUGAGCCUCAUUCCCCAACUAAACAACGUCAUCGUCCUCCAUCUCCUCCUCCUCCCCCUCGGCUGCCCAUUCCAGACAGCGUCCUCAACAUGUUCCCAGAUCCAGAAGAUGGGAUUGUGGAUGACACUGAAAAACAUGGUGGCAGAAUACGAAGCUUCCCCCAUGAAAGGGGCAUUUGGGCCACCCACGUCUGGGUGCCCUAUGAAGCAAAGGAAGAUUUUUUUGACCUGCUUGACCUUCUCAUGACCCAGGCCCGGAGGGUCCUGCCCAGGCUGGUAAAGAUGGAGGAGUUCCACGUCAGUCUGUCACAGAGUGUGGUCCUGCGAUACCACUGGAUCACCCCCUUUGUGCAGUCCCUGAAGAGCCGUGUGGCCUCCUUCCACAGGUUCUUGUUCACAGCCAACCAGGUGAAGGUUUACACAAAUCAAGAGAAGACGAGGACCUUCAUUGGGUUAGAGGUCACUGCAGGGCAUGCUCAGUUCCUAGACUUGGUCUCAGAGGUGGACAGAGUGAUGGAGGAAUUCGACCUGGCAACUUUCUACAAGGAGCCUUCCUUCCACAUCAGCCUGGCCUGGUGUGUUGGAGAUGUGCAAUCUGAGCUAAAGGAGCAGGCAAUCCAGCAGCUGCAGGAAAUCGUGGACAGCUUUGAAGACUCUGCUCCACUGCUCCGUGUGCAGGCUGAACAGGUCCGCUGCAAGUCUGGGAAUAAAUUCUUCUCUUUCCUGUUAAAAUGAGAGUGAGCGAGCGAGGGACGGGCCCUUGGUCCAGCAGCCUCCUGCCUGCGGCUGGCCAGGGGACAGGCCUUCGUCUGUUGGAGGAUGAGGGAAUUCUGGGACAGUCGUGCCCCUGGCUGUGUGGUUCCCAGCCCAUUCCAAGCAGGGUGCACCUGUCCACCGAACACCAUGCGUGCCUAGCCAGAGAGCCCCAGUUACGGCGGUCUGAGGCACUGUCUGCCCAGGUCCUGGGUUUUUGGGUGCAGGGCGGCCAUUUCCACGAGCUAACCAGCAGAGGGCGGGGCAGACUAAUUCCUGCCCUGGGCCUCCAGUCCCAGGGCAGGAAUCUUUGGGGUCACUUAGUGAGCCCUUCACUUUCAGCUGCUUCAUUCCCUUCAGCUGCUUGCGUUUUUGUGCCCAUGGCCUCAGACCAAAAUGUUAAGAAUUAUUGUUUCCACAUCUCCCUCCGAUCCUGCCCUGGCUGGCCAGGUGUCUUCAGGAGGCCACGUCCCUGCCCUUUUCUUCUCAGGAACUUCUCAGUUCUCACCCUAAGUCCUACCCAGGCCUAGCUCUGCACCAGGGUCCUCCAGCACAUCCCCCGCACCCUCUCCCAUGAGCCCCGCCAGGUGCCAGGGGAAAACUUGACCAGAUGCUUCUUCUGGGCUUGGCUGUCUGGGAAGAGCUGUCUAGAUUUCCAAACUCCCCGGCCUCUGGCUUCCCACAUUAAUUUUCCCAAAAAAUCGGAAACAAAGCUUUCCCAUGGAGUCCCUUCUCCUGAAUGCUCCCUUACUAUCUCAGGCUCUGUCUACGUUUGCCCCUUUCUGCCUGAUGAGCAACAGGAAAACAUUCAGGGCCAGUUGGGGAAAAAAAAUCCUUUUUUUUCCUCCAGGCCCUUGCUGCAAUUUAAAAAAAAAAAAGUGAAUUGUCCUGAGCAAAUCCAGCUGCCACCUGGAUUUCUGGUACUGGAUGAUGGGACUAUAUAUGGAUAUUUAAAUUCUGUUAAAUGAAAUAAAUGUUUCUAUUUCAGCUU